GGACGUUUGGACAAGUACUAUCAUUUGGCAAAGGAACAGGGUUACAGAGCCCGUUCAGCCUUCAAGCUUAUCCAGCUGAACAAGAAGUACUCUUUCCUUGAAAAGUCCCGUGUGUUGAUCGAUCUUUGUGCCGCUCCUGGUGGUUGGUAUGUAUUAAAUAAAAAAUCCAGGAACUGCAAUCAAUGCUUAAUUAUAAUGCUUAUUUUAGGUGUCGAUCUGGCCCCCAUUAAACCGAUCCCCGGUGUCAUUACCUUCCAGGACGACAUUACAACUGAGAGAUGUAGACAAAAUUUGAGACAGGAGAUGAAAACAUGGAAAGCUGAUGUAGUACUCCACGAUGGUGCUCCCAACGUUGGUGCUGCAUGGUCUCAUGAUGCUUUCUCCCAGUCAGAGCUUGUACUAGUAUCUCUCAAGCUUGCCACCGAGUUCCUGGCUAAAGGCGGAACCUUUGUCACCAAGGUUUUCAGAUCCAAAGAUUAUAACAAGCUUCUCUGGGUUUUCCAGCAGCUCUUCCGUAAAGUAGAGGCUACCAAGCCUCCUUCUUCUCGUAAUGUCUCAGCCGAAAUUUUCGUUGUAUGCCGUGACUUUUUGGCCCCCAAGAAGAUCGAUCCUCGUUUCUUGGAUCCCAAGGCUGUAUUCUCUGAAAUCGACACAGAUGAAGCAGCCAAGAUGACUGAUAUCUUUAAGCCAGAAAAAAAGAGAAGACACAGAGAUGGUUACGAAGAUGGAAACUACACUCAACACAAGAACGUAGAUGUCAUGGAGUUCAUUACAGCAAAGGAUGCAAUUGCUGUUCUUGGAUCGUACAAUGAACUUGUUUUUGAAUCCGACGAGUCAAAGGAACUGCUUAAGAAGAGCGCUACCACUGAAGAUGUCAAGAUCAAUUGUAAGGAUUUGAAGGUUUUAGGCAAGAGAGAUUUCAAGACUCUGUUACAAUGGAGAACUGCAAUCCGUGCCGAGUACAAAUUGGACAAGAAGGAAGAGAGAAUCGAGUCUAUCGUUGUAGAAGAAGAGCCUCUUGAUGAGGAUGAGCAGAUCCAGGCUGAACUCGAUAAUCUCACCAAGGAGGAAGCUGCUAAACGCAAGCGCGAGAAGAGAAAGUCCAAUGAAAAGAAGACCAAGUUGAUUCAGCGUAUGCAGUUGAACAUGACUGCACCUACAGAUAUUGGGCUCGAACAGCAAGGUCCUGAAGAUGAACAGAUGUUCAACAUCUCUAAAAUCACCAAGGAAGAGCUCGAAGGUGCUGACGCUUCUCUUUCCAAGAAGAUGAAGGGUCGUAUAGCAGAGAUGGAUGCAGACAUGGACAUGAUGUCUGACGAAGGUAGCGACUACGAACUCGAGCUCGAGAAGCAAAUGGAUGCCGAUUACGAUCGUUACAUUGCACGUAAGGUUGAGAAGGAUGCCAAAUUCAGAGCCAAGCAGGCACGCGAAGAAGAGGAUGAAUGGAAGGGCUUCGAUGGCAAGCGCACCCCCAAGCGCAAGAAAGCCGAUCUUGCCAAACGUACAGCCAGUGGCUUAACCAAGGGUGCUUCUAUGUUCUUUGACCAAGAUAUCUUCAAAGGUGUUGAUCUUGAAGGUGAUGACGAAGAGGAAGAUGAACAAUUAGAAGCCAUGGAAAUUGAUAUGAAGUCGAGAAAGAGAAAGGCCGAAGAGGAAUUGAUGGAAGAGUCCGAAGAAGAUGCUAGAGACGAUGCAGAUUCAGAAAGUGACUUUGAAAUCGCACCCACCGAAGAUAACGUUCCUUCUGACGAGGAAAUUUGGGACGGUAAUGAGGAUGAAAACUCAAAGGCUAUGCGUGCUGCACAAGAAAAUGGCCUUAUCACAGCAGAAGCAAUCACAUUAGCCAGACAAUUAGCGAAUAAGGAAAAGACUGCAGCUGAUUUGAUAGAUCAAGGCUUCACAAAGGAGGCUUUCCGAGACAAGGAUGGCGCACCUGUGUGGUUCUUGGAUGAUGAGAAGAAGCAUAACCGUCCUCAUUUACCGGUCACAAAGGAAGCUGUGUCUGCCCUUAAAGAAAAGCUGAAGGCACUGGAUGCCCGCCCAAUUAAGAAGAUCGCAGAAGCCAAGGCCAGAAAGAAGUUUAAGACCAUGAAGCGUAUUCAAAAGGCUCAGAAAAAGGCCAACGAUGUAGCGGACAACCCAGACAUGUCCGAAAAAGAAAAACUUACCUCAAUCAACAAAUUGCUUUCAAGGUCGACAAAGUCAAAACCAAAGAAGGAGGUCAAAUUGGUCGUUGCAAAGGGCUCAAACCGUGGUCUCAAGGGUCGACCUACUGGCGUCAAGGGUCGUUACAAGAUGGUAGAUGCACGUAUGAAGAAGGAGAUGCGCGCAAUGAAGAGAAAGGCAAAGAGUCAGAAG